AAAACCUGACGCACUUCCUUUCCUGGUAGCGGCGGCGGUAGAACAGCAUCAGAAUGGGCAAGUUUAUGAAGCCUGGGAAGGUGGUGAUGGUCCUAGCUGGACGCUACGCCGGACGCAAAGCUGUCAUCGUCAAGAACAUUGACGAUGGCACCACCGACCGUCCUUACAGCCACGCUCUGGUCGCCGGCAUCGACCGUUAUCCCCGUAAGGUUACAACCACCAUGGGCAAGAAGAAGAUCGCCAAGAGGUCAAAGAUCAAGGCCUUUGUCAAGGUGUUCAACUACAACCACCUCAUGCCCACCAGAUACUCCGUGGAUAUUCCUCUGGACAAAACCGUCGUCAACAAGGAUGUCUUCAGGGAUCCUGGUCUCAAGCGCAAAGCCAGGCGGGAGGCCAAGAUCAAGUUUGAGGAGAGGUACAAGACCGGCAAGAACAAGUGGUUCUUCCAGAAGCUCAGAUUCUAAAUUCACUCAGUUUCACAAAUAAAUGUUUAAAAAUGAAA